AGAGAAAGACUAUGAUAUUAAUAUACUUGACAGAAAUACCAAAAAUUAUGAAAAAGAAGUAGAUCUUACAUUAGGAGUAGUUAUUAAUAAUACUGAAAAGUUAAAGUAUGGUUCUGAAAAUAAGGUAUUUCCUGUAAUCUAA